AUGCUCCCCACAAGCUUCGCCCUUCCUCUGCCUGUCCGCUCGGUCAUUCGCUCCCCCAUCUUCAUCCUCGCCUGCGUCUUCGUCGUCGUCCUCCACCUCGAAUUCCAUCACGCCACGGUAUCGGACCUGCUGGGGCAGGACCAGUCCCUCCUCACCCAGCUCGCAUCUCAUGCUCGACCUGCCCCCUUCACUGCGCAUAGCGAAGCGCCCUAUGGUCCUUAUGGUCUCCGUCACGACUACUACUUCUUCCCCAUCCGCGGUACGGACGACGAGACGCUCAAUCUCAUCACCUCCUUCCAUACGCAACAAACAUGGCCACUGCAGCCCGAGGCGGAGAUCUGGUGUAGGGGCAACUUGGACAGCGAGUGGUCGCUCGCGUUCCUCGCUCAGGACAAGGUGGAUCCGGAGAGGCGGAUAUUCAGGCUACAAUGUCAAGCUCGAGGCGAUUUCGCGACUAUCCAAAUGCGCACUCCCAACGCCAGUACAAAGACCAUCAUCGUCCCUCUCGACACCAUACGACCGCGGACGGUCAGCGCGAGCCAUCCCGGACCAUACCUCGUCGCCAUGACCAUGGUCAGUGGAUGGUCGACUCAGCUUGCUCGCUGGAUCGAAUAUCAACUCCUACACGGCGUCGAAGAGGUGUACAUCUACGACAAUUCCUUCAACAACAACUCCACCUUCCGCGCCAAUCUCGAGCCGUACACCUCCACUGGCCAGGUCCAUAUCAUCCCAUGGCACCGGUCCCUCUUUGAAGGCGGGUACGACUGGAGCGGUCAGCAGCACUUUGCCACGAAUCACAUCGUACGCUCCAUGGAAGGCUACGCUCGCUGGGUGCUCCUUACCGAUAUCGACGAGUUGCCCAGCUUUUCGCCGAACGCCACGGACACGGCCAGUACCGCCGUCAACUUCCAGUAUCGGGAUCACCUCAUCGCAGCGGAAUCGGCAGCUCCAGACAUCCGGGAGUUGGCAAUGCCCAAUUGCUUCGCCACCGCCGAGCCAUACGUGGUCCCUGUCCCAGACCGACCGGCUGCGCGGGCGGAAUCGUCUCCCUCAGUACUAUCCGUCCCCGGGAUCGGCAUCCUCGACCUCGUCCCCACCCCCAUGUACCGCUUCGUCAGGUGUCACAACUACAGCUAUCGGUCCAAGAUCUUUGUACGGCCGGAGCAGACCCAGGUGAUGGCGAUCCACUUUGCGUCGGUCGGGAAGGGGUCGGUGAAUGUGCAAGACCCAGCGACGGGGCUGUGGCUCAUGCACAUGAGCGACCAUAUCUUUGAGAAUGACGGGGAGCAGUUGCGGGUAGACCUGAGGGAGGUGGCGGACGCGGUGACAGAGGCGCUUUUGUUGCGGUAUGGCGGGUCGGUGACCAGUGCAGAGGAUUUGGCCAAGGAGGAAGUCAUGGAAGGAUCGGCGCCGGAGGGGGAAACAAGAGAGGAAGUCGCGGUCGAGGGAGGACCGAACGUGUGA